GGAGUCGUUUUGACUUCAAAAUCAGAUAAAUCAAUAAGCCUUCGUGGGAACUACCGUAUCUAACGAAUCUCUUAAAGUAUGACCGUUGCAUUUGUCUGAGCUUGAAGUUGAGCGACGCAAAUUAUCUCGGAAUGCAGAAGUGCUAAUCCUGUGAGCUCCAAUGCUUUUCCUACGAGAGCUGAUCUGCCUUUGUACUUGAGGGCCCUGGAGAGGAUAGUACAAAGUGCGGGAACGCCUCAGAACAAGAUCGAUGGGAACUUCGGACUUGGACUGUUCCUUGUGAAUGUUAAUUUGAAAAAUGUGAUGCUAAGAAAGAACUCAAGCAUGCCGAUAGCUCUGAAGGUGCAAAUACAAAGAAUUUUGAACAAAAACAAGGUCCUACUCAGCUACUUUAAGUAUAUGAGGACCAACAAGUACGACAACUAUGAAUUUACUUAUUUAUUCAUAGAUGAGGACAGUUGGGCGGAGAGGCUACAGAAAUUCAACACGAUAUCCGAUGUUCAUCUGCAAGGAUUUUCUGAGGAAUACCUGAUGGAGGAGUACUCCAACUGGACCUGGUACGAAAAGCGGAUACUCGACUUUGAUAACAGCAUUCCGACUCCGGAACAGUCAGAUGCCUGCAUGAGCUUCCUGCGGUGGAACCCUGCGAAGUCUGGUAUCCACCCUUACAAGUGUUCUACUCCAAAUGAGUGCCUCGCCUUUGUGGAGAAUGGCUCAGACUUCGGAUAUUCCCUAGUCCACAGGGUGUUGUUCCUCCUGGUGGCCCGGUACAGCAGGGGCUGCUACGCUUCUCGCCUCAGCUGGACGCGGCGUUUAUCGACAAAAUGUGCAACAGCAUCUUCGAAGAGGCCUCUUACAUUGUCAUGAACAAGUUCAAGUCACCAGACCUUUUGAUGGAACAGAUGUCGACAUGCUCCCUGGCUGGCCACGCGGAGUUCUUCCAGCGCACAUGGCUCAACCGUCUCCUCAAACAACAGACUCCCUUCGGUUGCUUCUCUACGUACUUUCAACACAGUGUACAACCGAGUGAAGGCCGGGCCUACGGCCGUGGUCUGCAAUAGCCACGUCAGCGGUGUGGCUGCUGCGGCUCUGAGCGGUGUUGCUAGAUACAUUAUUGAGACUCUCUUUUAAAAUACAUUUAUCAACAUUUCUUCAAGGAGAGAAUUUUAUUCUUGAACAGUUUGGACAGCCAUCUGAAUAGAAUGAGAAAGACACAACACUUCUUAUAGAUAGAUAUUUAUAUCAGAUAAACAAGUUACCUAGUUGCAAAGCCAAAGAAGUAAAAGAAGAAUAAAUUAGUUGCAAAGUCUGUAAGAUGAUGAUGCGAGGAAGGAUGCUAUUCUGAGCGAUGUUUGAUGUUUUAACGAAAAUUUUUCUUUAUGCAUUUCUUCGAUAUAGGAAGUUGAACAGUAAUUUUUGGCUCUUUUAGACCAGAGGCUCUAGCAAAAAUCGAAAACUUUUGCAGAAAAAUCUUUCUGUCUCUAGGGCUUUUUUAUUGAAAUUUGAUUGAGAGACAGCGCUAACAUUUCGUUUGUUGCAAACGGUGUUCAUCUUGGCUACUCCAAGUGACAGCCAGAAUGGGACAAUUUCUUUUCUGGGCAUAAACUAAUCUUAGGACUCUGUCCUUCUGUCUAUCACAAAUCCAAUUACCACGAGAGAUACUAAACUUAUUUACUUAAGCAUCCGAUUUGAAAUAUAAUAGUUAUGAAUAAGACUAACCACUAGGGAUCAAAAUUUUACAUUUAUAUUUUUUUAACUGCUAUGGAAAAUGAUCAACAUGAGAUGGGGACAAAAUUUCAAAGAGUAGUUACUAAGUCAAGUGGGGUAUCAUGUGAAAGAGCUUAAAAUGUAUUAAGAAAUUUGUUUUUCAUAGUAGAUAAAAAUGGUUAUCGUAGAAAAUUGUAUUAAAAUUAGUUUACCAACGCAAAUCUAGAUAAUUUUACAUUAUAGGAACAUCUAUAUUUUACGGGAAAAAUAUA